CGGAGUCGGUGGGAGGCGCAGCGCGAGUAGCGGCCGGCGCGGGGAGUGCAGCGGUGAGGGGGUGGUGUCGGUUGCGGCGUGAGGGGCUUCACCGGGAAGAUGGACGAGUUCCAGCCGGCGGAGGAGACUUCCUUUGUUGUCGAUGAAGUCAGUGCCAUCAUUAAAGAGGCCAUAGAAAGUGCAAUAGGUGGCAAUACUUACCAGCACAGCAAGGUGAACCAGUGGACAACCAGUGUGGUAGAGCAAACGCUGAGCCAACUCACAAAGCUGGGGAAGCCUUUCAAGUAUAUUGUGACCUGUGUGAUUAUGCAAAAAAAUGGUGCUGGGCUACAUACAGCAAGCUCUUGCUUCUGGGACAACUCCAGUGAUGGGACCUGCACUGUGAGAUGGGAGAAUAAGACUGUGUACUGUAUUGUCAGUGCCUUUGGACUUGCAAUCUGAUUGCCUUGGAAUCUAUUCACCCUUCUCUUUUCUACUCCAGCACCUAAGUCCACCUCUACUCAAACUGUGAAUACACUGAACAACUUCUGGUUUUAAUGUACUUUUUUAGUAACUUUUUUUCAAAAGUAGAAGCGUAAAAACAUGCUGUUACAUGGUUUAUGUUUGUUCUUAGUAUUGUAGCAGUGUUGCCACACUGUCUUAACACUUCAAGAACUUCUCUUCAAGGUGCUAGUACUGAAAUCUGCUGCAGUGCACACACUUUCUCUAGAUUUCUUUUUUAAGACCAAUCUAAACGAGACACUGAUUUUCAUACUUUGUACUUUUGGUUAGCAUUAAAUUAUUGAAAUUCAUAA